CAGUCAAAAUCUGUAAUACUUUAUACCAACUGUAAUUUCUGCAAUAUCAAAAUACUCAAGUGAUUCGAAAAGGAUACUCUAAUGGAAAACUAUAGAUUUUUGUGUCCAGUAAGGAAAUCAAGUUACUGCCUGCCACUGCACAAAAGCAUACUCGCGCACAGUUUUCAACUGACGUAAAUGUUGUGAUAACAGUUUAAAAGUCCAUGGAAGUGAUGCUAUUUGAAUAUAUUCCAUGUAUAAACAUGUCAUUCAGUUUCUCAAAGUACUCUGUGCACUUAACAGCUGAGAAAAACUAUUUUAAUGUGUGUAUUUAUUUUUAAAUACUGAAGAAAAAUGGUACUGCAACAAUAUCGUCUUUGUUAAAGCAAUCUCAAGAUUUUUUGUGAUCGAGUUGUAACAUUGAUUUACAUGUACACUACAAGAUCAAGAAUUCAAAACCCCAAAUAGAUAAUACAAAGAAAUUGCUCAAAUAAUUUUAUGAAAUUUUCGUUAAACUAAUGGGAAAGCUCAUAUAAUACUUGAAAUUUGCGUUUUUGAGUGUUCAUUUGAUGAAAUUUCCUAUUAACAUGUGCAUAAAGCAACCAAGAUUUUUUUUUAAAAUAGUAUUUUUAAAAUGUCAAAAUAAACAUGAGCAACCAUUUUCUCAAUGUUUCUUGGAUGAUAGAGGUCAAAUGUGGUAACCCUAAGGUAGCAAGGGUUAAUAGAUAUGGACAACAGUAGCGUUGGAGUUGUGCAAGUAUUCGUGGGAGAAUGGAGCGCCGAGUACGAGGCACUCUCUAUCCGAGCCACAAAGCAAACAUCGUCAGCUGAAAUAGUUGAUUGUAUCAUAGAGAGGCUCAGCCUCGUCGAUGGUAAUCUUUCCAAUGGCUACGAAUUGGCAGAGGUCAUUGGAAACUCUGUGGGCCAGGAGUGUAAAGAGCGUAGGCUUGGGCCAACAGAGUGUCCCGUUGCACUUAUGUUGCUCUGGCCAAAGAAGAACAAUUCUCAGCAAGAGUAUUACAAAUUUUAUCUCAGGAAAAAACAGCCAGAUUAUCUAUGGUCCGACAGCAGAUUUCCAAUGGAUCCACAGUUGCUCAAGGACUAUUUUAACCGUUUUCUGUACCAGCCACGCGACAAAGAGUAUCCGGACCUCUGCCAACUGCCUGACCUCAACGAACAAACUCUUUUGGACAAUCUACGAGCUCGUUUUCUCGCUGGCAACAUCUAUACUUAUGUUGGCAGCAUUCUUAUAGCGCUCAACCCCUUCAAAUUUUAUCCGAUUUAUAAUCCAAAAUACGUGAAGCUAUACCAGAAUCGUAGAUUUGGUUCAGAUAUACCGCCUCACAUAUUCGCGAUAGCCGAUGCUGCUUACCACUGCAUGCUCAAGGAAAAGAAGAACCAGUGUAUUGUUAUUAGUGGUGAGAGUGGCUCGGGAAAGACGGAAUCCACAAAUUUUUUGUUGCACCAUCUGACUGCUCUCAGUCAAAAGGGCUCGCAUGGAAGUGGUGUAGAACAGACGAUUUUGAGCGCUGGGCCGGUACUUGAAGCAUUUGGUAAUGCAAAAACUGCGCAUAAUAACAACAGCAGUCGAUUCGGAAAGUUCAUUCAAGUAAAUUACAAGGAGAAUGGAAUGGUUCAUGGAGCUGUGGUACAAAAGUACCUUCUCGAAAAAUCACGAAUUGUUUCGCAAGGGAGGAACGAACGAAACUAUCACGUCUUUUAUUAUCUGCUGGCCGGGGCAAACGAGCAGGAGAGGCAGGUCCUUCACCUUCGCAACUGCGAGUGGUAUAAUUAUUUAAAUAAAAGCGGUUGCUACGGUUUGGAAAACGUCGACGAGCGAUACGAGUUUUCAAGAUUGAAGCAAUCGAUGGAAAUGGUUGGGUUCACACCUGAAAAGCAAAGGCGACUAUUUGCCGUUCUGUCGGCUGUUUUGUUACUCGGAAAUGUUGAAUUCCAGCCAAGAAAAUUUUAUCACCACCACGACGAAGCAGUGUGUGUAAAAAAUCCAGAUGUAGUUGCGCUAAUAUCUGAACUCUUAAGGGUAAAACAAGAAACUCUUCUGUCAGCUCUCACGGCCAAACGUGCGAGAGCGUCUGGAGAGACUUUGGUCAUUAAUUACAGGCUCCCGGAAGCUGUUGCUGCUAGGGAUGCUAUGGCCAAGUGUUUAUAUGGUGCUUUAUUUGAUUGGAUAGUUUUGCAAGUCAAUCACGCUCUUCUAUCCAAAAAAGAUACUUUAAGAGAACAUCAAGGGAAUAGUAUAGGUGUGUUAGAUAUUUUUGGUUUUGAAGACUUCAAAACGUGCAACAGCUUUGAGCAACUUUGUAUUAAUUACGCCAACGAGCAGUUACAACAUUACUUUAAUCAACAUGUCUUUCAAUAUGAACAACGAGAAUACAGGAAACAAGAAAUCAGGUGGACAGAUAUCGGUUACAGCGACAAUUCUGGCUGCUUGAAUCUCAUUGAAGGCAAACCAAAUGGUUUACUUUGUUUAUUAGAUGAUCAGUGCAAUUUUCCUGGUGCCACUAACGAAACACUUCUCCAAAAGUUCAAUUCAGUUCACAAAGAUAAUCCGUUUUACGAAGCACCACAACGAAGAGAGGGCACAUUUGUCGUCCGGCAUUACGCCGGGGCAGUAAAGUAUCAAGCUGCUAACAUGAGGGAGAAAAAUCUGGAUCUGAUGAGGCCAGAUGGUGUCGUUGGAGUUCUAAAAAAUUCCUCGUUAGCCUUUGUACGCGAACUGGUUGGCGCCGACCCCGUAGCCGUUUUUCGAUGGGCUAUACUUCGAGCUUUCUUUCGAGCUCACUUUGCUUUUCAAGAAGCUGGAAGAGCACAUAGGCACGGGCGAGCUGAUGGAAAUAAAGUGUCUGUGCAGAACAGAUACAGAACUCCGAACGAGAAUGUAAUCAGCCAUCUUGUGACGUUAUCUGCGGUGAAUCUAACUGUAAACAGGAUUGCGAAGAACAAGUCUUUUCGGCCACGCGAGCGAGGCAAAAAAGGCCUGAAGAACCUGCAGACCGUCAAAACUCUGGUCGGUAGGACGCAGAGCUACGGAACCGGAGGCGGCGGUGGUCCAGGCAAGGCCCGCAAGCAACCCAUGACGGUAUCGGCGCAGUUCCAACAGAGUCUGCACAGUCUGAUGGACACCCUGAACCAGGCGAAUCCGUUCUUCAUCAGGUGCAUCAAGAGCAACGCCAACAAGGUGCCCAACGAAUUCGACGAGGAGACGGUGCAACGCCAACUGCGCUACACCGGCAUGCUCGAGACCGUGCGCAUCCGGCAGGCCGGCUUCAACGUGCGUCUCACCUACGAGGAAUUCAUCCAGCUGUACCGCAUGCUCCUGCCCAAGGGUCUGCUUAGCACGCGCGCCGACGUCCGAGACUUCCUGCUCACCCUCAACCUCAACCGCGAUAACUACCAGCUCGGCACGACCAAGGUCUUUCUGCGCGAGUCCGAGAAGAUCAAGCUCGAGAUCGAGCUCCACCAGCAGAUCAUCACAAGCAUCACGACGAUACAAAAGUGGUUCAGGGUUUGCCUCGAGCGCAGGCGUUUCCUCAAACUCAAGAAUGCGGUUGUGCUCAUACAGUCGUUCUGGAGGAUGGUCACCGCGCAGAGGCUCGCCAAAGCCCUCAGGACGAGGAUCAAGGCGGCCACGCACAUACAGGCAACCUGGAAGGCGUACAGGCAGCAAAAGUGGUUCAGUAACUUUAGAAAGUGCAUUGUGAAGUUCCAAGCCUGCGUUAGGGGCUACAACGUGAGGAAGACGCUGCCCGAGCGGAGGAGGAAGAAACGGGAGCUGGAAAUCAAGGAACGACGAGAGUCGUAUAUUCACGAUUCGAAUCCUCUUGCUGAAAGUAAUUUGACCCUGCAUCGACCGGAGCCUGCGAACCGUAUCUCUCCAAUGAGGACAAAUGACAACAGUAGCCAUCACGAGCCAAUCGUGGAUCCGAAUAUCUCAAAGGUCUCGAAGCGUAAAGUUACCGUUUACCGACGUACCUCGAACGACACCUCACCCAAAAUCCUCAACAGCUCCGAUUCCUAUCCGUACUCCGAGAGUAACAACACGAGCAGUGGGAGCAUUGAACACCAUCACCAACCGCGCAAGGGUAGCCUCGACAGUCUAGCCAGCCUGCAGAGUUAUGAAUCCCAGGUGUCGGUAGAAUCGUCAGAGUCUCACCACUCACACGGCGAGAACAACGCGACGACUUUGGCGACAAAACCAGUACCGAACGCGCGAGUACGACGCAGCGGUGUUUCAACUACGAGCAUACUCGAGCAACAGGCGAGCGUUCACACGCCCAGCUCGACAACGAGUCGACAGUCGUUGUCGACGACCAGGCAUACCGGCAGCAGCAGCACGUCCGCCGGCUUCAGUGAUGGCGAAACUGAUGCGGAGACACCGAGCGCAGUUCAUAGCGCGCCACCCGUUUUCAAUGCCAGUUUGCCAUCGUUUUCCACUCCGCGCGAUCUCAAGUACCAUCAUCACCACCAUCAUCCGACCAACGCUAAUCUCACUCACGCGCCAAACUCUUCGGACGUGUGGCACAAGAGGCCAGAGUACAGUAGCAGCGUCGAGUACGGAGGAACGCCUCAAGUGCCGCAGAAGCCGACAAUCACGCGCUCGCCCAAUGUCACGCAGCCCAGGAACCUCAGUGAAAGCAUGCUCGAGCAAGAACGGUCGAACAGACUGGAGCGACUGAACAAGCCAGCCAUGUCCGCGACGCUCAAGCUCGAGAACCCGCUGAGGCACAGGAAACUCAGUGACAACGAGGACCCCGCGAUAACGCCAACGUCCAUUAAGUGGGCUCCGGUCUACGGCAAAGAGGCGAAAGAGUAUGCGUAUCUGAUGAGACAAAAUUCCGAGGGUGACGUGGGUCUGGGUGAUAACAUAGCGAACUUGAAGACAGCUGCUAAGGUGUUGGGGCCACAAAAGGAGAAAAACGAGCCUGAUGUUCCAGUUAGGAGCGUUCGGCGCAACAGGCCGCCUCGGGAGCUUCAGUGUCGUUCCAUGGGUGAGUCCGUGAGCGAGGCGACUAACGAAGCUCGUAACGUUCUCCUGAGCACAAUUAAGGAAAGCGACCUCGUCAAGACAAACGCUUGGUCACACAAGGAGGAGGCGAAGCACGAGGCGGUCUCGCGCACUGUCACCGACUGGCCCGUGAACAAGAAGGAAAUGCAGUUGAAUCCGUUAGCCAAACGCACACGGUCUAAUGCUAUUACAAAUAUAGAGCUGCGGCGUCGCAACUCGGACCCGGCCACAAACAUAUCGGGCCUGAGCGAUGAUAAGCCUCACGUUAAGACUAGUCCCAAUACCAUUGCACCUGGUAUGAAUUUGGUCGAGUGGAAGGGUAACUUGGUUUGUCUGGCAGGACACCAGUUCAGAAAAAUACCGAGGUUCUCCAAGGACGACGUGUGCGUUUGUUGCCGCGAAAAGAUGGAUGCGUUUGUUACUCAGGGCUACAAGUGUAUAGACUGUAAGCAACUCUUCCACACUAAAUGCAUCCAGAACGGUGGUGUUUUGAAAAUGCCCUGCAUAACAGCCAACAUACCGAAUCGCAGAAACAAAAGGAAACAGCUGCGAACACCAUACGAUCACGUUAAACACGCAGUCACUUCGAAAUUCAGUCUUACUGGAACGUCUGCUUUCUCAGACAGCACAGACAUGAUUAUUUCGGACGCUAAGGAGUUGGCACUUAUGCAGGAUUUUAUCGCGAGAAAGAUCUACGGGAUGGAAGACAAAAAAGACACCAAAAAACCACUGAACGAGGUCGACCGAGUGUUUAAACAGGCGCUCAAACAAUUCAAGGACGAUCUCGUGAUGACGUACAGCGUGGCAAUCCAACAAGGCAUGGAGGGUAACAUCAAGUAUACGGAUUUGAUAGCGAAUUUUCUAAGUGUGAUGGAGACCGUGUGCAAGCAGGAGAAUCUGAAAGAAGAUUUCCCGUUGACAAUGGGUGUGAAUGCAUUCAGAGGGUUUAUGAAUGAAUUCAUGCAGACAGCUAAGAAUGAAACUGUUGAAAAGCAGAGCAAGAGCAAAAGAAAAAAAGAAAAAAAGGAGAAGAGGAAGCAGGAAGAGCCGAUUAGGCAUGGUAGUCAUGUGUUCCAGUUGACGAUUAUAAACAUACCGACUGCUUGCGAGGUUUGCACGUCAUUUUUCAUGUGGCCUAUCGAGCGUGGCCUCAUCUGUCAAAAUUGCAAGCUUACAUGUCACAAAAAGUGUUAUACAAAAGCGACACCAGAGUGUGGCAAGGAUGGUCUGUCACUCGACAUGAACCCGCGAAAAAUUUUUGGUGUUCCACUUCACAAACUUGACUUUGGUGACGGUAAGGUUCCUCUAGUAGUUGACAGAUUAAUCACGACAAUCGAGAUGCACGGCAUGUACACCGAAGGCAUCUAUCGCAAGAGUGGCGUUAGCUCGAAAGUGAAAGAACUUAAGGCUAAGAUGGACGAAGGAGACCUUGAGAAGGUGGACUUUAAAAAUUACCAGGUGCAUGUUCUAGCGGCCGUACUCAAGAGCUUUUUUAGAGACAUGCCCGAGCCCCUGCUUACCUUUGAAUAUUACGAAGAUUUCUUACAUGCUGCUAGUUUGACUGAACCUCAGGAUCGGAUAAGUACACUCUUUGCUAUCCUGAAAAAACUGCCAAAGCCAAAUUUCGAUCUAAUGGAAAGGCUGAUAGUACACUUGGCGCGAGUAGCUCUACACGAGGUCGACAACCGUAUGUCACCGUCGGCCCUUGCCAUAGUUUUCGCGCCGUGCAUUCUGCGCACAAAUCGAACUCUGCCAGCCCAAGACUCUUUGCAAGACGUGGGUCGGCAGACCAAGUGCGUGGAAACGAUAGUCCAGGAGAAGCUACGCAUCGUGAAGACGACUCUCGCUGACAUCAACGAUCUCGAUUCGGCUUGCCACUCGGCGACGCAUCGAUUAUCGAGUCUCAGAUCUUCAAAGAUUUUCAGUUCACAAGAGUUGAGCUCAACAUUAUCGAGCAUCGUUGCUAGUAGAGGCUCGAAUAGUUCUGUUUCGAAUUCUGUAGAGAGGGAUCGUGAGGAUGAAGAAGAGGCGCUCGUGGGGCACAUUCAGGAGAUACAAAAAGAAAAGGCUCUGCUCACAUCGACGCUGCCGAGUCUCACGAGGGCCUCUUCCGACGAUGAUCUGUUGCUCUCGGCGACUGAUCUUGACGAUGGAUCGCUGGAUGAUCUUUUACCGUCAGCUGAUGGACAUGUCAGAAAAAAAAAUGUUCAAAGGCAGAGUUCAGCAGACAGCAGCUUCCCCACAAUUAUCAAUGUUGACGAAGACAUGGUGAUGGUGUGA